CGGCGGAUCAUCACUCUCGGGCUGGGAUGGACGCGGGGCGGGCGGGCCCUGGCGCGCGGAGCCAGGAGUCCGGGCCUCCUGGCUGCUGAGCGUCUCCCGAAGCCCCCCCCUUCCCCCCCCGCUUCCCCUCCUAGGAGCCCUGCCGACCCCCACCCCGGGGCUCCAGACCGGGCUCCCGCCCUCCUCUGACUCCCUGGACCUCCCCCUCCCGCCCGCCCUCGGGAUCGACUAGAUCCCUCCCCCUCCCCGAGGAUUCCGGCUGGAUCCCUGCCUCUGCACCGCGGAUCCUGCGCUCCCGGGCUCCGGGCCCCUGGGGAUUGCCGUGGACACCUCCUCCCGCACCCGAUCCCUUAGGAUCUUCCGCCUGUACCACCUUCUGGUCCCUCGAAGCCGGCCCGCGGAGCCAGUGGAUCCCCAAUCCAGUCCUGUCUCGUUGCCCCCUCUUCGCUCCGCCGGCCCCACUGCGGGGUUCCCUGUUCUCGGGUUCCUCCUGACCCCAUCCCCUACCUCUCCUUUCCCCGGGGAUCGACUGGAUCCCGGCCCCGCCCCCCGGGGCUGGGGCGAUCCCCCUCCCCCGCCCGGUGAGGCGCUGCGGGCGGGGGCUGGGCCUGCGGGGCCGCGGGGGCUCAGAGGCCGCCGCCCCCCUCCUGAAGCCCAUCCGCCCCCUACGCGGAGCCCUGGAUGGAGGCACCACGGCCCCAGGGCUGAGCCAGGUCGGGCCUGCCUUCACCUUCUCCCAUUUCUUUCCCCUUCCCCACCCCUCGCCCCCUCCAUGGAGAGGAACAGACCCCUUCUCUGUCCAGUCUAACCCAGGUCCCUCCCCACCCCCUCCUCCCUCCUUUCCCCCGCCCCCUUCCCCCCUCCUGGGGCGAGGGGGGCCUCCCUCCCUCUCCCCCCCCUUCUCUCUCUCUCCGAGGGGGGGGGUCCCGGGGAGGGAGGGGGGGUCCCCCGAUCAGCAUGUGGCUCCUGGCGCUGUGUCUGGUGGGGCUGGCAGGGGCUCAACGGGGGGGAGGGGGUCCCGGCGGCGGCUCCCCAGGCGGCCCGGGCCUGGGCCCCAGCAGCCUCGGGGAGGAGCGCUUCCCGGUGGUGAACACGGCCUACGGGCGAGUGCGCGGCGUGCGCCGUGAGCUCAACAACGAGAUCCUGGGCCCCGUCGUGCAGUUUUUGGGCGUCCCCUACGCCACGCCACCCCUGGGCGCUCGCCGCUUCCAGCCGCCCGAGGCCCCUGCCUCGUGGCCCGGCGUUCGCAACGCCACCACGCUGCCGCCCGCCUGCCCGCAGAACCUGCAUGGGGCGCUGCCCGCGAUCAUGCUGCCUGUGUGGUUCACCGACAACCUGGAGGCGGCCGCCACCUACGUGCAGAACCAGAGCGAGGACUGCCUGUACCUGAACCUCUACGUGCCCACUGAGGACGGUCCGCUCACAAAAAAACGUGACGAGGCGACGCUCAAUCCGCCAGACACAGAUAUCCGGGACUCCGGGAAGAAGCCUGUGAUGCUGUUUCUGCACGGCGGCUCCUACAUGGAGGGCACGGGCAACAUGUUCGAUGGCUCCGUCCUGGCCGCCUACGGCAACGUCAUUGUGGCCACGCUCAACUACCGGCUUGGGGUGCUCGGUUUUCUCAGCACCGGGGACCAGGCUGCAAAAGGCAACUAUGGACUCCUGGACCAGAUCCAGGCCCUGCGCUGGCUCAGUGAAAACAUCGCCCACUUUGGGGGUGACCCCGAGCGCAUCACCAUCUUCGGAUCUGGGGCAGGGGCCUCCUGUGUCAACCUUCUGAUCCUCUCUCACCAUUCGGAAGGGCUGUUCCAGAAGGCCAUCGCCCAGAGCGGCACUGCCAUUUCCAGCUGGUCCGUCAACUACCAGCCGCUCAAGUACACGCGGCUGCUGGCGGCCAAGGUGGGCUGCGACCGUGAGGACAGCGCCGAGGCCGUGGAGUGUCUGCGCCGGAAGCCCUCUCGGGAGCUGGUGGAUCAGGACGUGCAGCCCGCCCGCUACCACAUCGCCUUCGGGCCCGUGGUGGACGGUGACGUCGUCCCCGAUGACCCUGAGAUCCUCAUGCAGCAGGGAGAAUUCCUCAACUAUGACAUGCUCAUUGGUGUCAACCAAGGAGAAGGCCUCAAGUUCGUAGAGGACUCCGCGGAGAGCGAGGACGGCGUGUCCGCCAGCGCCUUCGACUUCACCGUCUCCAACUUUGUGGACAACCUGUACGGCUACCCGGAGGGCAAGGAUGUGCUUCGGGAGACCAUCAAGUUUAUGUACACGGACUGGGCCGACCGGGACAACGGCGAGAUGCGCCGGAAGACGCUGCUGGCGCUCUUUACCGACCACCAGUGGGUGGCGCCGGCCGUGGCCACCGCCAAGCUGCACGCCGACUACCAGUCCCCGGUCUACUUUUAUACCUUCUACCAUCACUGCCAGGCCGAGGGCCGGCCCGAGUGGGCAGACGCAGCGCACGGGGAUGAACUCCCCUACGUCUUCGGUGUGCCCAUGGUGGGCGCCACCGACCUCUUCCCCUGCAACUUCUCCAAGAACGACGUCAUGCUCAGCGCCGUGGUCAUGACCUACUGGACCAACUUCGCCAAGACUGGCGACCCCAACCAGCCGGUGCCGCAGGACACCAAGUUCAUCCACACCAAGCCCAACCGCUUCGAGGAGGUGGUGUGGAGCAAGUUCAACAGCAAGGAGAAGCAGUACCUGCACAUCGGCCUGAAGCCGCGCGUGCGCGACAACUACCGCGCCAACAAGGUGGCCUUCUGGCUGGAGCUCGUGCCGCACCUGCACAACCUGCACACGGAGCUCUUCACCACCACCACGCGCCUGCCCCCCUACGCCACGCGCUGGCCGCCGCGCCCCCCGCCCGGCGCGCCCGGCACCCGCCGGCCCCCGCCGCCCGCCACCCUGCCGCCCGAGCCCGAGCCCGAGCCGGGGCCGCGGGCCUACGACCGCUUCCCCGGGGACUCCCGAGACUACUCCACGGAGCUCAGCGUCACGGUGGCCGUGGGCGCCUCGCUCCUCUUCCUCAACAUCCUGGCCUUCGCCGCGCUCUACUACAAGCGGGACCGGCGGCAGGAGCUGCGGUGCCGGCGGCUCAGCCCCCCGGGCGGCUCGGGCUCUGGCGCGCCCGGAGGGGGCCCCCUGCUGCCCGCCGCCGGCCGCGAGCUGCCGCCCGAGGAGGAGCUGGUGUCGCUGCAGCUGAAGCGCGCGGGCGGCGUCGGGGCGGACCCCGCCGAGGCCCUGCGCCCCGCCUGCCCGCCCGACUACACCCUGGCCCUGCGCCGGGCGCCGGACGACGUGCCUCUCCUGGCCCCCGGGGCCCUGACCCUGCUGCCCAGCGGCCUGGGGCCCCCGCCGCCGCCGCCGCCCCCCUCCCUCCACCCCUUCGGGCCCUUCCCGCCGCCGCCCCCCACCGCGACCAGCCACAACAACACGCUACCGCACCCCCACUCCACCACUCGGGUAUAGGGGGCGGCGGGGGGAGGCCCUCCUCCUCCCCGGCCGGCCCCCGACCCCACCCCGCACCCCCCGCCGGGCGGGCAGCGUCGCUCAGGAGGCAGGGAGGCCCGCUCGGCACAGGCUUUUCCUGCGCGCGCGCGGGGGAGCCGGAGGUGGACGUGGGUUUCCGCGCCAGGAUGCCGGGGGGCCCGCCCUCUUCUCUGGACCUGGGCCUUGGAACAACUGGGGGCUUUUUGUCCCCUCCACUGGGACACCGGUCUUAGGUGUGCGGAAACGGGGAAGUAUUUUCCCACGCGGAGGUGUGCUUUCUCACGAGGGGGUGCGUUUUCCCAUGUGCAGGGUGAGGUUUUUUUUUCGCCGCCCUGGACACAUGUUGGCCCCCCUCCAAGAAUUUCUGCGGGGAUUUGUACCCCAGGAUCCUGUUCCCUCACGCCGUCUCCCACCUCCUCCCCUUCCCCACCCCAUGGAGACCCUGGAAGUGGUGUGUUCACGGACCACCGUGAUCCUUGAUCCUUGGCCACCGGACGGACACAGCAGGGUGGUGCCUGGGAAGUUGCGAGGAAAUCACAGUCCCCCCCACCCCGGCUCCCUGCCCCUCACCCCCUCUGCCCCACGAAGCAUGUUUACCCCCCAUGGCAUAUGUCAGAUGAGGCCCGUCCUCCGGCUAGGCUUGACAGGCUCGAUUCGGCGCCAGGGGGAGGGGAAGAGAUGCGUGCACCCCCGUGUUCCCCGGGAACUAGUUUUCCCACGGGUCCGGGACACGGUUCUCCGGGUGGAAACGUGUUCUUGCAUGUGGGUGUGUGUUUUCCCAUGCAGACGGCCCCUCGCCCGCAGGCGCUUCCCGGCCUCCCCCUGCCCCAGGCCUAAGGCCUAGCUCCUCCCCACCCGGCAGGUGGGAACAGACUCCCCAUGGGCAGAAGCUGGGUGGGGGGGGCGGGGAGGGGGGGGAUGUACAGCUCCUGGGGGCAGAGCUCUGCCCUCUCACCCCCAAGAGAUGCCAAGUUGGGGGGCGUGGCGUGCCACCCACAGAGGCCAUGCAUGUUUGACCAAAGCCCUCACUGGGGUCUGGGGACAGCCUUUCCCUCAGUCCUCAGGCCAUUGCUCAUCCGUGCCAAACUGGGUAGGUGGGUUUGAGGGAUAGGGGGCAAGACCCUCAAAAUGUGCCAAGGAUUCCCCAGUCCUGGGCCAGGGCAGGUAAAUGUGGAGACGGGGGUGGGGGGGGACACGGGGUGGGGGGAGGGGAAGUGGCAGCUAUGAGUCCCCCGCCUGUGUCUCCGCUCUUCACUGUGUCUCGUUCCCUCCCUCCGUGCCUCAGUGUACCCCUCCGCCCCAUCCCGGCGUCAGACCGCCUUCGCCCCGCAGCCGCCCUUCCCCUCUCUGACCUGGCCCCCCUUCCCGCAGCCAGGCCAGGGCUGAAGGAAAGGAGCGGGGGAGGGCGGAGCGGGGGAGAGCAGGGGCUCAGGGCUUCCAGGGACAGGUUGGGGAGAGAAUGAGGUCAGCCGUGCCGAGGACAGAUGGAGGGGCAGUGGGGGACGGGGCUUGGGCAGACAGCGGCGGGGGGAGCCGGAAGGACGCGUGUGAGGUGACUGCCCGGAAAGGAGGCGCCCAAGGCCAAGGACAAAGGGCUCGGGCCUCUGGGGAGAAGAAGGGCGUCGUCAGGAAGGGUUUUAAGGGACGCCGGCAGGCGGCUGCUGGCAUUUUGUGGGUUUGUGCCAAACUUGAGUAGGGGGUGGGGUGCCGUCUUCCACACCCAGGUCCAGAGCCCCUGGCCUCCUGACUGUCCCUUCUCUGACCUCCCCCCAUGGAGACGUCGUUCUUUUCUGACCCGUUCCCUUGCCUGGUCUAGCUCUUGUCCAAACAGCCACGUCCUCUAAAUGCUAGGGACCUGGGCCCUGAACCCUGUAGGCAGACGCCCCCCCCAAGCUGGGGCACGGGAGGGGGGCCGGGGGACCCCAUGAUUCAGCCACGGACUCCAAUGCCCAGCCCCUCUCCCCAGAACACCCCCCCUGACGGUCCCAUGUCCCUGCCCCAACCCUUCGCGGCUCUGUACACAUUUUUAAACCUGGCAAAAGAUGAAGAGAAUAUUGUAAAUAUAAAAAUUUAACUGUUG